GCACUUUAUCGUUCAUGAAAUGCAAACCCAAACUCUUUUCCACUGAGUGCACAGUGACUCUUCUGUUAGUGAGAACACACUGACACACUGAAGGGAAGUGAUAAACUGUUUUGCAAAAUGCACAUGACAAAGACAAUACUUGGGCUUUCCAAUUUUAACAGUGCACUUUUCUAGAUUGUUUUUAGAUGAUGAGGUCUCACUUGGUAGCCUUGUCUGCCCUAGAACUCUCACUAGGUAGACUAGGAUGGCCUUGAACUCAUAGAUCAGCUUGCCUCUGUCUCCUAAGUAGCGGGAUUAAAAAUUGUGCGCUACUAUGCCAGGCCCUGCGCCCUACACCUUAACAAGGGUUUCGUUUUUUCCUGCCUGACCUUUUGUCUACUUUCCUAAAGACCCCCACGCGUGUGGAUCACUGUUCACGUGUUUGGCAGAAACUUUGAACAUCAGUUUGUGUAAGACGAUCAGAGAUAAGUGGGGAGCUGAUACAAGAAUAUGACCAAGUACUGAGUCCUAUACAAAUAAUUGGAUUAUGCUCCUGGCAGAUAAUCGGGAAUGCUUCUGAAAACCAAAGUUAAGACUUCCCCCAAGUCUCUUGGGCCCAAAGUACACCUAUUCUGGUGGUGGUGGUGGUGGUGGUGAAAUCAAUCUUUAAAAUCGGAGACAAGGUUUCAAGUAGCCCAGGCUGGCUUCGAACUUGUUACACAGUCGAGGAUGUCUUUGACCUCCUGGUCUUCCAGCCUCACCUCCCAAGAACUGGGAUGACAGGUGCACGCCACUCACGGAGUGAGUGGGACCUCGAGGGCAGGGACCUCGCGGCUUGCUCUGAUCACGCUCACCUCGCCUCGAGCGAGCUCUGUUCUCCUAUUCUCGCGGCCGGGCUCCUACGCCAGUCUGUCUCCCCACACUUUUCCGUCUUGCGGCUUCCAGCAGGUGGGCGUGGCCGUUCCCGAUCGGGGCUGGAUCUCCGUUAUCCCGUUCACCUGUUCCGCACUUCUCUCUUGACCUGCAACAAAGGUCUCGGAAAAUAGCCCAGCCCUUAGAUACUCCACUGAACAGGCUCCGCACCGUUCGGAGACGCGAAGUUCUAUGCAACACUCCCUUAGAACACGGAGCCCUCCAACACCUUCACAACCAUCAGACCCUGAGCCUGUGGCCGUCCGCGUCAGUGCCUGAUGGAUCUCGUCGGGUUAUUUUUAAAUUUUUCACCUCAGAGAGUCUCAACGCAGAUACAAGUAUCAGUUAUUGUCAAAUAGUUUAAUUUAUCUAAAACCUGGCUUGACUUUUACGGCGUGUCCCGCUUUGUUCUUGAACAGGCGCGUGCCUCGGACACCUAAACGGGGGUCCUGGAAGUUCCCUGUUAGUCCUCCCUCCAGGACCCGCUUCUUCCUGCGUGCGGUGUUCUGGGUAAGCGCGGCCGGCGUCCCGCCUCUGCGCAGCCGCAGGAGGACAGUACCACGGCGCCUGCGACAUGGGGAGGCGCGGAGGAGACACCGGAAGUAGCUGUGGUACGGGUCGGACUGAGGGGUACUCACCGCCCGCAGCCUCCACCCGCGCGGCAGUCAGAGCUCAGGCCCGCGGUGGUGGGCGUGGCGGUCUCCGGAACACAACUCCGACUGUUCGCUGUCGGCGCGGGGCGGCGCCGCGUCGCUCGCCUUCACCAGCUGCCAUGAGCGAGCGCCUCCGCCCCAGAAAAAGGAGAAGAAAUGGCAAUGAUGAUGACAACCACCCUCCUCCCCAGACCAAAAGGAGCAGUAGGAACCCCAUCUUCCAGGAUUCCUGGGACACAGAGUCUUCAAGCAGCGACAGCGGAGGGAGCAGCAGCAGCAGCAGCAUCAAUAGCCCAGACAGGGCCAGUGGGCCAGAGAGCAGCCUGAGCCACAUCAUCCCGGGAUCCUGCCCCAGCACCCCCCAGCCGAUGCCUGAGCAGUCUGCACUGUGCCAAGGCCCUUACUUCCACAUCAAUCAGACCCUGAAGGAGGCUCACUUUCACAGCCUCCAGCACCGAGGCCGGCCUCCGACAUGAUGCUCCGGCAGUUUCUUGCCUUCUGUGAAGGGACAGCACUGUGCAGAUUGGAUAUUUCAACUUAAUGAUUUGUUUUUAAAAGUUGCACACAGAAAAAAAAUGCCUGUUGGCUUUCAGUCUAUAUUUGAGUAUCGGGUCAGCAGGUAGCUGUUUACUGGGGUUUGCUGCACUAUUGCGAUUUCGGAGGGGCUUGGGAGCAAGUUUUUAUAGGAUUCUUUUAGAAGAUUCUUUUGAGAGGGCAUCAGAUCUACAUCGUGGCAGUGUAUGAGGAAGUCAGCUGACUGAUUCCACAGCUGUCACCUAGAUGCCAUACUGUAAGGAAAGAGCCUCGUGAAAUGUGGGACCUUACAGUUUUAAAAUUCAAUAAACUAGUAAAGAAUAUCUAGUUUCCAUGAAAAAAACCUAAGUUUUCUCCCUAAAUAUAGGAAGCUUGACUCAGUGUUGCACUGACGUUAACUGCCGUACUACCUCUUAGUAUGUAGAUGUCUGUCUGUCUGUCUGUAAAAUGCUUUCCCUUGGAACAGAACAGUAGUCCACUCUGAAGACCAUGCAAGCUAACCACCUUUCCUAGUUGUCUCCAUUUUACAUUUGAAUUUCCAGGGAGAAUCUCACUUCCCUAUCUAUUUUCUUCUACUCUGUACCCCAAACGCUAUAGAGAACAUUGUGCAGUUCUCAAAGUCAAGAAAUACCUAGUAACUAUUACAAACUUGUGUAUUAACAGCUUAACUGCUAGCUCCUUGCAGUACCCGUAGCCAAGGCAGAGGUCAGUGCAGACGAAGGCAACCUGUUUGAUAGCUGAAGGAAGGAGAGUGAGAUGUAACUCGUGCCUAUAGGCACCCAGCCCUGCGGGGAGAGGGGGGCACAUUCUAUCACUGAAACUGGAAAGAUUGGUGUGGUGUAGAAACAAGAGCAGAGGCACCUCUAGGAAAAACAACGCUCUAGUAUUUAUUUAGAGAGCCUGGGCAUUGUCCCCAUGCUAUUUGGUCACACUAGAGAGCCAGGCGAGCUUGAACAGUGAAGGUGCCGGUGAGUCAUCUUCCUCACUUGCAAGCUGUCUGAACAAAGAGCCAGGAUGUGUCGUUGGGUCACCUACCCUGGAGAGUGCCGGGGGGCCAACCUGCCGUUAGAGGAAGAGGAAGUGCCUUAAGCAUGCACCUGUAGUCUCCUGCCUGUCCCCUUCACUGCACCCCACUCAGAGGCCACACAGCACAGGCAACAGCACUGAGGAACGGGGAUGGCUCUGGUAAGGAGCUGAGAGGGACGCCUGGACCAGAGCAGGUUACUGUGCGAUAUAGCUACAGUCUGAGGUGGCCCAUGCCAGGAAGAGUGAACAUGCAGUGCCUUCCAUGGCCUCUCCUCUGAGGGCCACAGCAUGGAAGGGCCAGCCUUCCAUGUGCAUGGGAACUACUGUCAUAAAGCCCAGAGGUCAGAAAGUAGGUUUGGUUUUUUUUUCCCCUUUCAGGACGGUUUUUCCAGAUUUUAAAACCAGAUGUUUUUGAGGACUCGGGAUCUUACUGGGUUUGUUGGCAAGGAAUGUGGGGAAGGAUACUUUACUGGAGUUCUAACAGUAAGACAAACAGUGCUAUGAGAGGAGAAGCUGUCAAGCACACAUGUACACAUCACAGUCCAGAAAUACCCAGGAGGGCUCCGGCAGGUUUAAUGGAUGGCGUCCUACUGAAACAAAACACGUAUUAAUCAGUGCUCGAGGAAGCACGUUUCUUCCCAUCUCCCACCCAACUAAAGGCACAGGUGAGACCAUCUGAAGACAAAGGGUCUUCCCAUGCUCUGAUCACAGUGUCGGGUGCCAGUCAGCAGUCAUUCACCCAACAAAAUACAAGAGGCCAUCUCUUAUGUGCUGUGCGGUUUUCACAGCCUGUGGUCUGGGUAUAUUUCUAUUUUGACGCUAUUUGCUCGAGUCAAUUGGCAUCUUUCUAUGAGCUCAAGCUAGUGAAACCUUGUACUCUAUUGCGCCGCCAUUAAAAGCAGCCUUAGUGCAUUGCCGUA